UACAGUUUGUGUCUACUAAAGCCUUUCCAAAGUAUCUCUCAGAUAUUCCCAAAAUCAUGACUCUUCUUGAGGUGAAAAUUCUUUUGUCCUGUGUUUUUCUGAUAUACACCAACGUGGAAGCGGCUCGAUCGCCAAAGUUCCAUUAUCAGCCUCUGGCUCACAUCGAGGCCACCGAGAAAAAAUUAACUCACUAUAGCGUUGGGCAAGCAAUUACAGACUGGGAUGCGGGAAAUGUGCACAGCCAUCUCGAGGGCGGCAUGCAAUACAGUCAUGGACGUCUGAUUGUGCCUCAAGAUGGAGAGUAUUAUGUCUACGCACAACUGUACUUUCGCAGCAGCGGGAGAGUGCUGAUUCGCAAGGGUCACCACGAAGUUAUCACCAUGCUUCAACAUCCCGACAACGUACCACAAGGACCCCAAUAUGCAGGAGGAGUGUUUUAUCUUGAGGCUGGUGACACCCUAGCGUUACAAACCGCGACAUCUGUCUCACUUUACAUGGCGACUGCUCAUUCUUACUUUGGAGCGUUUCUGAUUGAGUGAGCUUCACCGCAAAAGCGCGUAAAAGCCUUGAAGGAAAUUGUACCAUGAUAUCAAUAAAGAAUAGAAUGAUAUCAAAAAGGCUAUGUUUAACAAAGUAACAAAUCCCUAAAGAAACAGCGGUCGUAGUUGAAACAGGAACCACUGAUUUCCUCUGAAGCCCCGAUGCAUCAACAACAUUCAGCGGCAUUGCUUAUCGUUCAUGUAAAAAAGCACGAGUUCCUUGCAUGAUAUAACACAGCUUUUUGAUCGCGUAGCCUGUUAAGGUUUUUCCUUCAAAAUAGUGUCAUAGUUUCAUGGUAGAAUCCUAGUCACCGGUAAACAGUCUCUCUUUGAAGAAAAUCUCUUGUCUUCCUGGAUUCUGUGCCGGUUUAUUUGUUUCUUGAAUCAUUUUGUUUCUUAAUUCUGUUCGAAAAAAAACAUCGCAUAAGAGAAAGAGAAAAAGCCUAAUUUAUCUUAACUCACACAGGUAUUUCG